AUGUCGAAUAGAGCACCUCAAGUGCUAAGGCAUGCCUCCUGGGCCUGCUCGCGGCGUAUGUCGCUGUCGGCAAGCCUGGUCAGACCAGCAUACAGUGCGAGGACCUUGACUGGUUUCUCCAGCUUCAACGGUAGGAGGAGCUUUGUGUCAGGUUCGCAGACAAACAAUGCCCAAGCCCAGUCUACUGUCGACACUGCCGUCAAGACAGCGCAGAGGGUGUCUGUCCCUGGUGCCUCUGUGACUGGCGAUGCUCUGGCAAAUCCAUCAGCCGGUAUCUUGAAACAGGCUACAAUCAUGGAUGAAGGAAGUCGACCGAUCUAUCUGGACAUGCAAGCCACUACCCCUACUGAUCCGCGAGUUCUCGAUGCCAUGCUACCUUUCCUCACCGGUCUUUAUGGUAACCCUCACUCAAGAACUCAUGCCUACGGUUGGGAGACUGAAAAGGCCACCGAGCAGGCUCGGUCACACGUUGCCACCCUCAUCGGAGCUGAUCCAAAAGAGAUCAUUUUCACUAGUGGGGCUACUGAGAGUAACAACAUGAGCAUCAAGGGUGUAGCUCGGUUCUUUGGCCGGUCAGGCAAGAAGAAACACAUCAUCACUACCCAGACCGAACACAAGUGUGUUCUUGACAGUUGUCGACAUUUACAGGACGAGGGCUUCGAGGUGACCUAUCUGCCGGUUCAGAGUAAUGGGUUGAUCAAAAUCGAAGAUCUCGAGGCCGCCAUUCGGCCUGAAACGGCCUUGGUUAGCAUCAUGACCGUCAACAACGAGAUUGGUGUCAUUCAACCUAUGAAAGAGAUCGGGGCGCUCUGUCGGUCGAGAAAGGUUUUCUUCCAUACUGAUGCCGCCCAAGCCGUUGGCAAGAUUCCUGUCGAUGUCAACGAAUGGAACGUCGACCUGAUGUCCAUCUCUGGUCACAAGCUGUACGGUCCGAAAGGAAUUGGUGCUUGCUACGUUCGACGUCGUCCCAGAGUCCGCAUCGACCCCAUCAUCACCGGUGGCGGCCAGGAACGUGGAUUGCGUAGUGGAACGCUCGCUCCUCCGCUGGUCGUCGGAUUUGGAGAAGCCUGCCGCAUCGCAAAGGAAGAGAUGGAGUAUGACUCGAAACGCAUUUCAACUCUCUCUCAGCGACUACUCAGCAGUCUUCUCGCCCUUGAGCACACAACUCUCAACGGCGACCCAAAACGCCACUACCCAGGCUGCGUAAAUGUAUCCUUCGCCUACGUCGAGGGCGAGUCCCUCCUCAUGGCCCUUAAAGACAUUGCUCUGUCAUCCGGCAGUGCCUGCACUUCUGCCUCCCUUGAACCUAGCUACGUCCUUCGUGCACUUGGAAACAGUGACGAAAGUGCCCAUAGUAGUAUUCGAUUCGGUAUUGGUCGUUUUACCACCGAAAGUGAGAUCGACUAUGUGAUCAAAGCAGUCAAGGAGAGAGUCACAUUCCUUCGCGAGCUCAGUCCACUGUGGGAGCUUGUGCAGGAAGGUGUUGAUCUGAAUACUAUCGAAUGGAGUCAGCACUGA